ACCUUGCCAGUAUCGAGAAGUAGCUUAACAACCGCCUCAUGCCCAUACGUUGCCGCCGAAUGCAGCGCUGUCAGUCCACCCUUAUCCUUAGGAUCUGCGUCAACCUUGCCAGUAUCGAGAAGUAGCUUAACAACCGCCUCAUGCCCAUACGUUGCCGCCGAAUGCAGCGCUGUCAGUCCACCCUUAUCCUUAGGAUCUGCGUCAACCUUGCCAGUAUCGAGAAGCAGCUUAACAACCGCCUCAUGCCCAUUCUCUGCCGCCGAAUGCAGCGCUGUCAGUCCACCCUUAUCCUUAGGAUCUGCGUCAACCUUGCCAGUAUCGAGAAGCAGCUUAACAACCGCCUCAUGCCCAUUCUCUGCCGCUAUAUGCAGCGCUGUCCGUCCAACCAUAUCUCCAGGAUCUGCGUCAACCUUGCCGGUAUCGAGAAGCAGCUUAACAACCGCCUCAUGCCCAUUCCUCGCCGCCCAAUGCAGCGCUGUACGUCCAUCCUUAUUCUUAGGAUCUGCGUCAACCUUGCUAGUAUCGAGAAGCAGCUUAACAACCGCCUCAUGCCCAUACGUUGCCGCCCAAUGCAGCGCUGUCUGUCCAUCCUGA